AUGGUAGAAGCUCGGGAAAUUUGCAAGGAGUGUUCUAUUACCUUCAAUGGUCGUAGAUUCGUGAUUGAUCUCAUUUGUCUACCUCUUAAGAAGAUCGAUGUAGUACUUGGUAUGGACUGGUUGUCAGCUAACUCGGUGUACAUCGGUUGUAAAGAGAAGGCUAUCUUCAUUCCUGCUGAGGAGACUACACCAACCGAUGCCAUUGAACAUCUUCUUGAAGGUACAGUUAACAUGAUCAAUUACCUUUUUGCUCAAGGGAAGUCUUUUCUUUUGGUUCCUACGUCGGACUCCAAAGAUAAGAGGAGUAUUUUGGAGAUUCCAGUUGUGUGUGAAUUUUCCGAUGUAUUUCCGGAGGAUGUUACUUCUCUUCCGCCGGAGAGGGAAGUUGAAUUCUCUAUUGAUCUUGUUCCGGGUACCGCUCCAGUUUCGAUCGCCCCUUAUAGGAUGUCUCCUGCAGAGCUAAGAGAGUUGAAGAUUCGUGGUAAUCUUUUAGACGACAUAUUGAUAUACUCACGGACUAUCGAAGAGCACAUGGAGCAUUUGAGGAUUGUGUUGUCGGUUCUCAGAGAAAAGCAGUUGUUUGCGAAGUUUAGCAAGUGUGAGUUCUGGAUGUCCGAAGUUAAGUUUCUUGGACAUGUCAUAUCUGGCGGCGGCGUAGCUGUAGACCCUUCAAAGGUAGAAGCAGUGAUAAAUUGGGAACGACCCAAGAAUGCAACUGAGGUCCGUAGUUUCCUAGGCUUGGCAGGUUACUAUCGGAGGUUCAUCAUGGGAUUUUCCAAGCUAGCAUUACCUUUGACCAGGCUAACAAGGAAGGAAGUUUCAUUCGAAUGGAAUUCAGAAUGUGAGAAGAGUUUUCAGAAACUCAAGGAGAAACUGACUACUGCUCCAGUGUUGGUGAUUCCAGAUCCAAACCGAUCUUACGAAGUGUUCUGUGAUGCUUCUAAGAAAGAGAAUUAUCCUACUCAUGACCCCGAACUCGCUGCGAUUGUGUUCGCGCUCAAGGUGUGGCGACAUUAUUUAUAUGGGGUUCACUUUAAGAUGUUUAGUGAUCACAAAAGUUUGAAGUAUCUCUUUGAUCAAAAGGAACUCAACAUGCGUCAGAGGAGAUGGAUGGAGUACUUGAAGGACUUUGACUUUGAUUUAAAGUACCAUCCCGGUAAAGCUAAUAAGGUAGCAGAUGCCUUGAGUAGAAAGGAGAUUAAGGUUGCAGAGCUGAUGAUGUUAGAAUUUGGCCUUAUGGAGAAGUUCAGAAAUUUAGACUUACAAUUUGAGUGGGCACCAACGGGUGUGUUGAUAAGUAACUUGUGUAUUGAGAAUGAGUUGCGGGAAAGGAUCCGUCAAGCACAGUGGAAUAAUGUAGAAUUGCAGGCUAAAGCAAACCUUCCUGAUUUCGUUCGUACAUCUGAUGGACUCAUUCUUUUUGGACGAAGGAUGUGUGUGCCAAAUGAUGCGGAGUUAAGAAGUAUAUCCAUGGACUUCAUUGUGGGACUACCACGGGUAUUAGGUGGGCACGACUCGAUAUGGGUGAUAGUGGAUCGUUUGACUAAGUCCGCGCAUUUCUUGCCGGUUAAGACGACUCACAAGGUUUCUCACCUUGCGAGGCUUUUUGUAGUGGAGAUUGUGAGAUUGCACGGUGUACCUUCUAGUAUUGUGUCGGAUAGAGAUCCGAAGUUCACUUUCCGAUUUUGGAAAGCUUUUCAUCAAGAAAUGGGUACAAAUCUGAAUUUGAGCACUUCUAACCACCCUCAGACAGAUGGACAAACAGAAAGGACUAUUCAAACCAUUGAGGAUAUGCUAAGGGCAUGUAUCUUGGAAAUUGGUGGAAGUUGGAAAGAUAACUUACCUUUGAUAGAAUUUGCAUAUAACAACAGUUAUCAUGCGAGUAACGGUAUGGCCCCAUACGAAGCCUUGUAUGGAAAGAAGUGUCGAUCACCGUUGUGUUGGUCUGAAGUUGGUGAGAAGGGAAUCCUUGGACCGGAGAUAAUUCAAGAAACCACAGAGAAAGUUAAGAUGAUCCGAGAUAAGAUGAAACAAGCUCAAGAUCGACAGAAGAGUUAUGCGGAUAAACGAAGGAGACCGUUGGAGUUUGAUGUAGGAGAUCAUGUUUUCUUGAAGGUGACUCCGAGGUUGAGGUUGAAAGGACCGUUUAAGACGCGCAAGCUUAGCCCGAGAUACGUAGGACCUUAUCAAAUCAUGAGACGGAUAGGUGAAGUCGCAUACCAGUUAGCGUUGCCUCCUUCAUUGUCCGGGCUGCAUGACGUUUUCCAUGUAUCUCAGUUGCGGAAGUUUGUUCCUGAUUCAUUUCAUCCUAUCCUACCAGAUACGAUUGAAGUAGAGCCAGAUCUUUCUUUCCAACCGAAACCUUGUCGUAUCUUGGAGCAUGCUAGUAAGUCGUUGAGAAGCAAAGAGAUACCUCUUGUGAAGGUGUUGUGGGAAGAGUCGCGUCCUGACGAAGCGACUUGGGAGCUCGAAUCAGAGAUGCGGGAGUUGUAUCCUCACUUAUUCUGGUAA